AUGGGGAGUGGGAUAGACCUGCAUUCAAUUCAAGCGGACGUCAUAAACAUGACCGAGAAGACUCCGCUCAUUCCGCCGAGACUCUUGGAACAGACGACAUUCUCGGCGUCUUGGAGCUUCCCCAGCGUAUCUGUGCGUUCGCUGGAUUAUGACGCGGGCAGAAGAGCCGGCCGUCGCCGGCUCCACCUGGCCGUGUUUGCGGCCACCAUGGCGACCAUGUCGAACGGCUUCUCCAUCGGGUACUCAUCGUCGGCGCUGCCCGAUCUCCGACAGCGCAUGGGCCUGAAUGACGACCAGGGUGACUGGUUCGGCUCGGUGCUCAACAUGGGUGCUAUGGUCGGUGCCCUCGCUGGCGGUCAACUCCUCAAGCUCAUCGGCCGCAAAUACACAUUGCUGGCUGCCUGCCCCGUCAAUGCCACCGGCUGGCUCUGCAUAAUCGCGGCUUCAGUUCCUGGUGUCCUUUACUUCGGUCGUGUCGUCAGGGGCUUCUCCAUGGGCCUAAUGUCCCUCACGGUUCCCGUCUUCAUCUCCGAAAUCAGUCCCAAGGACAUCCGCGGUCUGCUCCUCGCUACCUCCACACUCUCUUUCACACUGGGAGUGCUCUUGUCAAGCGUUUUAGGAAAAUGGAUGGGCUACGAAUGGCUCGCGAUAUCCUGCAUGAUCCCCGAAGUCCUGAUGGCCCUGACUUUACCAUGGGUCGCGGACUCGCCACGAUGGCUCCUCCAGGUCAACCGCGAAGAAGACGCUUCGCGAUCCCUGCAGUUCUACCGCGGGCCCGACGUGGAUGAAGAGUUCAAAGCUAUGAAGGCCAACGUCGCUGAUAUCGGACAGUUCAGAAUGUCCGAGCUGAAGCAACCCUACCUCUACAAGCCCCUGCUGUACACCCUACUGGUGUUGUUCCUGCAGCAGUUUUCGGGAGUCGCCGUUCUGCUGGUGUACACUCGCGACGUAUUUGUCAUGUCCGGGUCGACUCUUUCCGCGGCCGACAGUUCCAUAAUCAUGAACGCCGUUCCGGUCCUCAGUGUAGGUGCGGCCGCGGUACUCACCGACCGACUCGGGCGCAGGAUACUCUUGCUUAUCUCGCUGGCCGUGUCGGGGCUCAGCUUGGCCGCGGUUGGAGCCUUCUACCACUUCAAGCAAAUCAGAGACGAGGUGAGCUUUGUCCAGUCCUUUGGCUGGCUGCCCCUGGCCUCCCUCUGUGUGUUCUUCCUCGGAUUUUCGGUGGGACUUCGUCCAUUAGCAUACAUCCUGAUGGGCGAGAUGCUGCCACUAAGAAUAAGAAGCUUCGCUGCCGGUACACUCAUGUGCUUUUUCUAUGCUUGUGCAACGCUCACGACGAAAGAGUACCAUGACAUGUUGACGUUCUUUGGACAAGAUGGUCUCUUCUGGUUCUACGGGAGCGUCAUGGCCGCCGGCUUCGUCAUGGUGAUGGUCCUGCUGCCCGAAACCAAGGGGAAAUCGUUGGAAGAAAUUGAGCAGCUUUUCGGAAAGAAGCAGGAAGUGCACAGUGAAACUGGGUGAUUUUGACUUUGAUGUGGUUCAGCCACGCGACAUCUAAUAGGAACACCGUGAAUUUCAGUGCAAAAUGGCACAGAUAGGACGCGUGGUUUCGAAACGAAACCACCACUUUCCUGUCCGCUGUUUUGUUCUAGGUUCCACAUUCAUAUUUUAUUCUACGUUCAGCACAAUGAUUCCAUUGAAAAUCUAUGGCCUUACUGUACGCCACUGAAUAUAUUGAUGACCAUGAAUAUGGCUAAGGUGUUAGUUCUGGGCCGCAGUACGAAUUAAAUAAACACGUUAACUCGCAAUUUCCUUAAGACACCAAUAGACAAGGUUCUGUAGGUUCCGUGAUGCCUUAGUUUGCUUUGGAGAGUGGAAACGCAGAGACCU